UCGAACAGAUUCAAAGUCCCUCUCAUAAGCUCUCGUGCUGGAGUAAAGCGCUUCAGUUAUACCAUGAUUUUACUCUUCUUUCUGUCGGCUUUAAUGCUUUGGACUGAUGCAGUUUAUGGAUACCGCAGUGCAAUAAAUGAUUUCCAGCGUUCAGAGGGGAGAGAACUGGUUCUGAAGUCCUGGAACGCAGAUCGACUGACUGUACUGCCGGGAAUCACUCUGGAAGAUUGUGCUAAACGCUGCACUGAAAGUCUAGAAUGCAGGUCUCAUCAUUCAUGCAUCAACUCUACAGCUUUCAAUUAUGAGUUUCGUCCAUCGCUGGUGUGUAAACAUCUGCCCUGGGUGGGCGAUGGAGACAACGCAGAUGUGAAGAGAAAUGUGAACUGUGACCUUUACGAGAUGAAAGUCUAUGUGAGGAAGUGUAUUGUUGGUAAAGGAGAAGACUAUCGAGGGAAAGUGUCAACAACUAAGGGUGGACGAACGUGUCAACAAUGGUGGUCCAAAUUCCCUCAUGACCACAGAUGGACUCCGUCAGCUACUAAUGGUCUGGAGCUGAACUACUGUCGUAAUCCGGACGGGGAUCGCAUUGGACCCUGGUGUUACACGACUGAUCCCGAACGCAGAUAUGAGAGCUGUGAUAUACCCCAGUGCAAAGACGAGGUGUGUAUUACUUGUAACGGAGAGGAUUACAGAGGUCAGGUGGACCACACGGUCAGCGGUAAAGAGUGUCAGAGAUGGGACCAACAGUUUCCUCAUCAACACAUCUACCAGCCAGAGAAAUACCCCGAUAAAAGUCUGGAUGAUAAUUACUGCCGUAACCCAGAUGCGUCUCCGGUGCCCUGGUGUUACACCACUGAACCUGCGGUGGAGAGAGAGAGCUGUGAGAUACGCAAGUGCCCUGAGUCUCCCAAGCGCCGUCUUCGCUCCAGCUACACCACAAAUUGUUUCCGGGGUCGUGGGGAGGACUACAGAGGGAAGUUCAACGAAACAACCUCUGGAAUCCCGUGCCAGCGCUGGGAUGCCCAGAAACCCCAUGAACACCCAUUUUACCCCAAAACCUAUGAGUGCAAGGGUCUGGAAGAGAACUACUGUCGUAAUCCAGACGGUUCAGAGGCGCCCUGGUGCUUCACGUCUCUGCCUGAAAUGAGAACAGCUCUUUGCCUGCAGAUCAAGCGCUGUGCUGAUGACAUUGAGGCAGAAGAUUGCUAUAAUGAAAUUGGUAAAAACUAUCGGGGUGUCGUCCGCAAGACACGUAAAGGUAUUCUCUGCCAGAAAUGGAGCGUUAAUACACCUCACAAAACCAAGAUAAACCCCAAAACGCACCCAAAGGCCAACCUGACUGAAAAUUACUGCAGAAACCCUGAUGGAGACCACCACGGUCCCUGGUGUUACACUACCGACCCCAAGACUGAGUUUGACUACUGUGCCAUCAAACAGUGUGCUGGGGAAAAAGUGCCUAUCAUCGGGCCAACAGUGGAGCAUGUGUUUGACGAGUGUGGAAAGCGGGACAAUCGGGAGAAUCGGAGGUUGAGAAUCGUGGGCGGCAUGCCUGGAAACUCACCGUGGACUGUCAGCCUUAGAGACCGGAAAGGGAAUCACUUCUGCGGAGGAUCUCUGGUGAAUUCUGAAUGGGUCAUCAGCACCAAACAAUGCUUCUCUUCCUGUUAUGUUGACCUCACUGGAUAUACUGCUAUGAUGGGCACUCUGUUCCGUGAUCCAAAGGAGGGAGAACCAGACAGACAAACCGUUGGUCUCACGAAGAUCGUCUGCGGCCCUUCUGAAUCUCACCUGGUCAUGCUACAGCUAGACAGUCCUGCUCAGUUUAAUGAGCGUGUGUCUCAAAUAUGUCUCCCUCCUGAGCGCUCCAUAGUUGCAGAGGGAACAAUCUGUGAAAUCGCUGGCUGGGGAGAAACAAAAGGAACGGGGGACGAGACUGUCCUGAAUGUGGCUCAGAUGCCGGUAAUGAGCAAUAAAGACUGCAACAAGUAUUUCAGGGGUCGCGUCCGUGAGAAUGAGAUGUGCACAAUGCCAUUCCAGGCUGGAGUGGGUGCCUGUGAGCGAGACUACGGCGGCCCUCUGGCCUGUCAGAACAGCGACUGUUGGGUUCUAGAGGGAGUUAUCAUACCCAUGCGCCGCUGUGGACACCCUGGCCAACCAAACAUCUUUAUCCGAGUGUCUGUUUAUGUGGACUGGAUUAAAAAAGUGAUGGAGAUGGCAUAGCAUAACUCAAAACGCACAAAACAGCAGCAUACAAGCAGUUUCUCGCUCUUCUAUAUGCAAAUAUAUGAAUACAUAAAUUUUCCUGGCUACAUUAGUUUUUUGGCUGGAAUGUAAUAUACUUAAAAAGUGUGUUUUGACUGUGUAAGCAUUUUUGUAUCAUCCUGACUUUAAGGGUUUCAUUUACAUAAUGUAUAUGCUUGCAUUUGUGGAGCAUAUUGAUAUACAGGUGUACAUCAAAAUACCAUGCAGAAUUUUGUACAAAUUCAAUCUGAAUAAAGUAUCCAAAAUACUG